AUGACUACACUUUCAAGUUCAUUUUGUCGUCGUUGCUGCAUUAUCAAAGAUCAUAUUGAUAAAAAGCUGAUUCGUUGCAAUGUACCGAUCAUUCCUGAUGAUACAGUUGUUGAUUUGCAUAAACUUCCCUUGUCAGAGAAAUUGGUCCCGAAAGCUAGAUGUAAGACAAAUACCGAUAACUCAGAUUUGAAGCCGAAAAAACAGCGUUUAAUGAAGACAUUUCGUGAAAAAAUGAAGCAUAAAUCGGUUAGAAGUGAAGGAGAAUCAUCGAAAUCCGUCCGAUCACCGAGCAAAGUGUAG